ACACGCCAGCGCCAGUGACGCGCCGACCGCUCCCCCUUCGGCACUCGCUCCAGCGUUGAAGGGGUGUUAGGCUGCAGUCUUCAGCCCGGGGGUCCCUAGCACUUUCCUGCACACCCGGGAAUCUAGCGCGGGCGUGGCGAGGCCGGAGGGCGUGGCCGGCAGGUAGCCUCCCAGUCCCGACGGCCGCCCGACCCCACCCCGCUGCGGCCACCGGCCACCCGCUCUGAAGUUGGAGAGGCAGCCUCCGAGCACUCCCCCUGCUGCCGCCCCGCCGUUUCCAAGGGGCUCAGAAACCAGUUUGUUUCUCGCCCGGGUAGUGUGUACCUGGCUCACAGGGCGUUGCCCGGGUUGGGACCGAGUCCAGCCUGAGCGGUCAGGCGAAGGCUGUUGUCAGGCGUGGGAGUCUCACUGCCUCCUUCAUAGUGGGCUGCCAGUGCUGGUUGGAGACUCGGUUUCUCUUUCAGGAUGUCAUUUUUGAAAUGCGGGAUGAUGCCUCUGCCUCUUUAAGUCCCAUAGGAAGAUUGCUACACCUAGACUUUUGCUCAUAGAUCAUCACCGUUAUCCCUACUAACGGCCUGUGUCGGUGAGGAUUUUGGCAGCCCUAAACCACUCUCUCCUCAGCCUAUUAAGACUGCAGCUUUCUACUUAAGCUCCAUUCUGCUUGCCACAAUUUGGAAAAUGACUUCAGGAUGAAGUCUGUGCCUAUCAGUUAAGAUGCCUUAGAAAAAUAACUAUGGAGAAAUAUGCUAGACUACAGAAGAUUGGAGAAGGUUCAUUUGGAAAAGCCAUUCUUGUUAAAUCUACAGAAGAUGGCAAACAAUAUGUUAUCAAGGAAAUUAACAUCUCAAGAAUGUCCAAUAAAGAAAGGGAAGAAUCAAGGAGAGAAGUUGCAGUGUUGGCAAACAUGAAGCAUCCAAAUAUUGUCCAGUAUAGAGAAUCAUUUGAAGAAAAUGGCUCUCUCUACAUAGUGAUGGAUUACUGUGAAGGAGGGGAUCUUUUUAAACGAAUAAAUGCUCAGAAAGGCAUUUUGUUUCAAGAGGAUCAGAUUUUGGACUGGUUUGUACAGAUAUGUUUGGCCCUGAAACAUGUACAUGAUAGAAAAAUUCUUCAUCGAGACAUAAAAUCACAGAACAUAUUUUUAACCAAAGAUGGGACGAUACAACUUGGAGAUUUUGGAAUUGCUAGAGUUCUAAAUAGUACUGUAGAACUGGCUCGAACUUGCAUAGGUACCCCGUACUACUUGUCACCUGAAAUCUGUGAAAACAAACCUUACAAUAAUAAAAGUGACAUUUGGGCUCUGGGAUGUGUCCUUUAUGAGUUGUGCACACUUAAACAUGCAUUUGAAGCUGGCAAUAUGAAAAACCUGGUACUGAAGAUAAUAUCUGGAUCUUUUCCACCUGUGUCUUUGCAUUAUUCUUAUGAUCUCCGCUGUUUGCUCUCUCAGUUAUUUAAAAGAAAUCCUAGGGAUAGACCAUCAGUCAACUCCAUAUUGGAGAAAGGUUUUAUAGCCAAACGCAUUGAAAAGUUUCUCUCACCUCAGCUUAUUGCAGAAGAAUUUUGUCUAAAAACAUUUUCCAAAGGUGGAGCGCAGCUUAUACCAGCUAAAAGACCAGCCUCAGGACAAAGCUUGGCUUCUGUUGUGUCUGCUCAGCAAAUUACAAAGCCUGCUGCUAAAUAUGGAGUGCCUUUAACAUAUAAGAAAUAUGGAGAGAAAAAAUUACAUGAAAAGAAGCCACUCCAAAAAAAUAAACAGGCCCAUCAAACUCCAUUGAAGAAAGUGAAUCCUGGAGAAGAAAGGAGGAAAAUGUUUGAGGAAGGAGCAAGAAAGAGAAGGUUGGAAUUUAUUGAUAAAGCAAAGAAACAAAAAGAUCAGAUUAGUUUAAUGAAGGCUGAACAGAUGAAAAGGCAAGAAAAGGAAAGGUUGGAGAGAAUAAAUAGGGCCAGGGAACAAGGAUGGAAAAACGUGCUAAGUGCUGGAGGAGGUGGUGAAGUAAAGGCUACCUUUUUUGGCAGUGGAGGGGCUGUGGCUCCAUCAUCUUUUUCUCCUCGGGGACAAUAUGAACAUUAUCAUGCUAUUUUUGAUCGAAUGCAGCAACAAAGAGCAGAAGAUAAUGAAGCUAAAUGGAAAGGAGAAAUAUAUGGCCGAAGGCUUCCAGAAAGGCAAAGGGGGCAGCUAGCUGUGGAAAGAGCUAAACAAGUAGAAGAGUACCUACAACGAAAAUGGGAAGCAAGGCAGAAUAAAGCUCGAGCCGAAGGACAUAUGGGAAUCCUGCAAAACCUGGCAGCUAUGUAUGGAGGCAGGUCCAGCUCUUCAAGAGGAGGGAAGCCAAGAAACAAAGAGGAAGAGGUUUAUCUUGCGAGGCUGAGACAAAUAAGAUUGCAGAAUUUCAAUGAGCGCCAACAGAUUAGAGCCAAACUUCGUGGUGAAAAGGCAGCAGCUGAUAAUUCUGAAGGACAAGGAAGUGAGGAGGCUGACAUGAGACGUAAAAGAGUUGAAGCUCUUAAGGCCCAAGCAAAUGCACGUGCUGCUGUACUAAAAGAACAAUUGGAACGAAAGAGAAAGGAAGCAUAUGAGAGAGAAAAGAGAGCGUGGGAAGAUAAUUUGGUGUCUAAAGGAGUAAAGAAUUCUGAUAUGUCUCCUCCUUUGGGACAGCAUGAAGCAAGUAACUCGCCAUCAAAGCAUCAGAUAAGACCUGUUAUUUCUGUGACUUCAGCCUUGAAAGAAGUGGGUAUGGACAGAAGCUUAACUGAUACCCAGGAAACCUCAGAAGAAAUGCAAAAGACUAACAAUUCCAUUUCAAGUAAACGAGAAAUACUACGGAGAUUAAAUCAAAAUCUUAAAGCUCAAGAAGAUGAAAAAGGGAAGCAGUGUCACCCUGAUAUGGGUGAGGUAAUUGUGCAUGAAAAUGCCGAAAAGCAUGAAAAAGAAAAGUUGAUUUCACCUGAUCGCAAGAAGUGGGAGGCAGGAGGUCAACUUGUGAUUCCUCUGGAUGAGUUUGCAUUGGAUACAUCCUUCUCUGCAACUGACAGACAUACAGUGGGAGAGGUUAUUAAAUUAGAUCCUGGAGGAUCUCCAAGAAGAGUCUGGGGAAAAAGCCCCACAGAUUCUGUUCUAAAGAUACUUGGAGAAGCUGAACUACAGCUGCAGACAGAACUAUUGGAAAACACAACCGUUACAAGUGAGAUUUCUCCUGAAGGGGAGAAGUACAAACCCUUAAUUGCUGGAGAAGAACAAGUAAAUUGUAUUUCACUUGAAAUGAACCCAUCAGCUACUGUUGAUUCUUCUGUUGAGACAAACAGUCCAAAGUUUAGGGAGGUGUCUCCACAGAUGUCAUUGAAACCAGAAGGAAAUGUGGAUGAACCUGAUGAUUUGGAAACAGAAGUUCUAGGAGAGCCAUGUGGAACAAACAAACAAGAUGGCUUACCUUUCCCUGUAAUUGAUGUAUGGAUUAGUGAGACGAAGGAAACAAAGGAAACUGACUUAGAAGAUAGGAUCACUAUUCAGCAAGAUGAAGUUUCUGAAGAAGGAAUCUUAAGGAAGGUGGAUCAACUUAGUGAAGUUCAUAUAGAACCUGGAAUAGGUGAUUCUCUGCACUCUAAAUGUGAUGUAGAUAAAUCUAUGCAUCCAGAACCAUUUUUCCAUAAAGUGGUUCACCCAGAACACUUGAAUGUAGUCUCUCAAAUUCAGUCCAUUCUGUGUUCACCAGAAGAAUCCUUUCCACUUCGAUCUCACUCUGGUUCACCGCCAAAAAAGAAAAACAAGAAUUCCUUGCUGAUUGGACUUUCAACUGGUUUAUUUGAUGCAAACAACCCAAAGAUGUUGAGGACAUGUUCACUUCCAGAUCUCUCAAAGCUGUUCAGAACACUGAUGGAUGUUCCCACGGUAGGAGAUGUCCGGCAAGACAACCUUGAAAUGGAUGACAUUGAAGAUGAGCACAUUAAAGAGGGACCUUCUGAUUCUGAAGACAUUGUGUUUGAAGAAACUGACACAGAUUUACAAGAGCUUCAGGCCUCUAUGGAGCAGUUACUCAGAGAAGAACCUGGGGGGGAAUAUAGCGAGGAGGAAGAAUCAGUCCUGAAGAACAGUGACCUAGAGCAGACUGUGAACGGGACAGACCCAGCCGAUGAGGAGGACAACCCCAGCAGCGAAAGCGCUCUCAAUGAGGAGUGGCACUCAGAUAACAGUGAUGGUGAGAUAACUAGUGAGUGUGAAUAUGAUAGUGUCUUUAACCAUUUAGAGGAACUGAGACUUCACCUGGAGCAGGAAAUAGGCUUUGAAAAGUUCUUUGAAGUUUAUGAGAAAAUAAAGGCUGUUCAUGAAGAUGAAGAUGAAAAUAUAGAGAUUUGUUCAACAAUAGCUCAGAAUAUUUUGGGAAACGAACAUCAGCAUCUUUAUGCAAAGAUUCUUCAUUUAGUCAUGGCAGAUGGGGCCUACCAGGAAGACAAUGAUGAAUAAUCCUCAGAACAUUCUUUAAUCCUCACCUGUAUGAAAGCAUUUGAAUUUGGCUCAUCAGAAUAACAAAUUUCAGUGGGGACUGUAGCAAUCUUUUAUAAAUGAUAUGUCAGAUUUAAGAUGGGCAUGCUGAUUGCAUGAAAAAGUUGGACAAACAUGACAUUUUUCAGUUAAGAUUCUAGUAUUUUAUCUAUUAUAUUUUGUUUGUUGAGUUCUAUUGUUGCCCCCUACAGACUAUAUAUUUCAUUAAAUCUUCCAACCAAAGCAUAAGAGACAUUGAUCCAGAAUUGGGCUUAAUGGUUUUGAAGAAGAUGUAUCAUGAAGUAAGGUAACUUUUACUUUCAGCAAAUGUCCUUAGGUUGAAAGAAUUACUUAUGCUGUGAAAGACCUGCCUGUGGUUUUUCAUUUGAGCAUUUAAAUAUGGCCCUUUUUUUCUGUCUACUUGUUUUCAUGACCAGCAAUUAGGUAUUAAAUAACCUUGUCAAGGGCUCUAUUUAAAUCUUUACAUUUUGAAGAUGGAAUUUUUUAGCCUUAAAGUUUAUAUGCUCAGCCCUUUUUCAACCGUGUGUCUCCUGAACUAGCUGAGUAAAAACAGGCUAUAGAAACAGUCUUAGAAAUAGUUGAAAAUUUUGAUUAUGAAAGAAUAACAAAAUUAUAUUUCCUGAUGUUAAAAAUGUUGAUUACUUCUGUUUCUUUUUUUAAAAGACCAGAACCAGAAAUAUUAUAUCUAAAAAUUAGUCUGUGGAUUUUAACAUCAACCUAGCAUAGAGCAUAAAGUUGCCCUUUUUGUUUUUAAUGUUCUCUCAUGCAUGUGCUUUUGUGAAAUUAAAAAGGAGGAAGGAAUCGUUUUUGACACUGACAGUUUUGGUAACUGUUAUUCCAUAGGGGGGAAAUGUUUGCCUCUUUUAUUUCCAUUAUGAGAGGAUCAUUAAGAUUGUAGUCACACAGCUUCAAUUGCAGUAUGCCAGGUUUCAGUAGCAAUGUAUAAAGUCCUGAUGCUUUUCGUAAUAAAAGUAGAUUUUUUGAAACUUGAGUACAAAGCAGCCUGAUUGGCAUAAUCUAUAAUUUGAACAAUAAAAUCUAAUCUUGCAGCACUAUCAGUACCAUGCUGAAUUUAUUAUGUAUAUUAUUUCUAGCAUCCAAAACUAAAUACUUGACUUUUAUAAAUUUGUUUAUUUUGUGAUAUUACAAUUAAAUUUUUAUUAUCUACCUGAA